AUGUUGCAGGCGCUGCUUGGGGUGUUCAUCGCCACCACUGUGACGCUCGCUUCGGGUAAGAACGGCACCUUGACGGGGUCGACGUUCCCAACCAGGUCGGGUAUCAAGCCGUGGGUCGACCCGGAUACGCCCAAAGACCGCCAGGUGUGUAUUAGCUCGCGUGGCCGACGAUGGGAUCUCGUUAUGAGCGACGAGUUUAACGUGGCGAAUCGCAGCUUCCGGCCGGGCAACGACCACAUGUGGACGUCACUGGAGAAGCCCGACGGUGUCAACGGAGCUUUGGAGCUCUAUUCGCACAAUAUGACCUCCGCCAAGUGCGACGACGACGGCACGCGCUACUUCUUCAUCAAGGCCGUGGACGAAGUCAACGUGAUCCACGUCUACAACAUGUACACGCACCCUCCCAGCUACACGGACGCCAGCUUCUUCUAUCGCUCGGCAAUGUUUUGCUACCAAGGAGGCAUGCUCGAGGUGCGCGCUCAGCUGCCCGGGGCCGUGUCAAAAGCUUCUGCCAACCCGGAUCUCCGCCCUUGGCAAGUCAGGCAAGGUUGCUACUGCCGACUACUACCCGGCUUGGCCGGGGAUCUGGCUAUUGGGGAACCUCGCAAGGGCCAGCUUCUCUGCGUCCACCAACCGCAUGUGGCCCUUCUCCUACAACAAGUGUGA